AUGACUGCCACUAGCAACGAUUUCGUUAGCAAUGGCGGACCUCAACUCCAGCUUAACAGGGCUGCGGAGACUGCCGAUCUCUUAGAAUCUGUUCAGCAGCUCAUCAUUCCCUUCAUCAAAGCUGCCGAUGAUGCCGCGGCUCACAAGGCUACAGGGAAUUUGGGGUUGAAUGCUAAUGGAGAGCCUCACAAUGUCUUGAUCGACUCAAAAAAGCCUUCAGACCUCGUCGCCAGGUUGAAGUUUCUUCUCCCAGAGGAGGGACAGGGCAAAGAAGGCCUUUUGCAGGGCGUUGAGAGGUUACUCAAAUACAGCGUCAAUACUUGGGACCAAGGCUUUAUGGACAAGCUAUACUCAAGUAAUACACCACUACAUGUAUACCACGUCUCACCGGCAUUGACCAUCAUUGAAAAGACGACCACCAGAGCAUUUGCCAACCUAUUCAGCUUUGAUGGGCAAUAUGCCGGUGGUGUCUCAUGUCCUGGAGGUAGUGGAUCCAACCUCACAUCUCUUAUCGUAGCUCGCAAUACGCUAUACCCUGAGAGCAAGACGGAAGGAAACGGCAAGCAUGAUUUCGUCAUCUUCACGAGUGCACAUGGCCACUAUUCCGUGGAGAAGGCCGCAAUGACAACCGGCAUGGGCUCGUCUGCCGUAUGGGCGGUUCCUGUGGACGACGAGGGCAGGAUGAAGCCGGAAGCUCUCCGAGAAUUAGUUUUGCUUGCCAAGCAGCAGGGGAAGACACCGCUCUAUGUUAACGCAACGGCCGGCACUACUGUCAAGGGCUCAUUUGACCCGUUUGAAGACAUUUCCAAGAUUUGCAAAGAGUUUGGCUUGUGGAUGCACAUCGACGCUAGUUGGGGCGGCAGCGUCAUCUUCUCAAAGGCUCAGAGGUGGAAGAUGAAAGGCUCGCAUCUGGCCAACUCGUUGACUGUGAAUCCGCAUAAGAUGCUCAAUGCCCCGGUCACUUGUUCCCUGCUGCUGGGCCCGGAUAUGCGUAUCUUCCAACAAGCAAACAGCACCUCUGCGGGAUACCUCUUCCACGGCAGCGACGAUGGCGAAAUCUGGGACUUGGCUGACUUGACUCUGCAAUGCGGCCGGCGAGGAGACACACUCAAGGUUGCCUUGGCCUGGUUAUAUUACGGCGCAAACGGAUUCGAGCGUCAGAUCGACCACGCUUUCGAUAUGGCCAGCUACCUAUUCAAGCUGCUACAAGAAACUGGAAACUUUUCCAUGGUUUCAUCUUAUCCUACUCCCUGUCUGCAAGUCUGCUUCUACUCUGCUCCAGGAGGCCAGCUGCCUUCUGAUAGCAAGGUGAACACCUCCAGAACUAAGCAGAUCGCUCAUGCGCUUGUUGGAAGAGGAUUCAUGAUUGAUUACGCUCCUGGUGACCACGGUAGUUUCUUGCGCGUCGUGGUCAAUGUGCAAACUCUGGAGGGGACAGUGGAUGGCCUCGUGAAGGCCAUGGACGAGUUGGGCCGGGGAAUUCCUCUGUGA